AUGGAUUUUCGAGACAUGGAAGAUUUUAACAAAGCUCUCUUGGCUAAACAAGGAUGGAAAAUCCUCAAUAAUCCAGAUUGCUUACUUUCAAAAAUCCUAAAAGCCUUAUACUUCCCGAUGGAAAGCUUUUUGGUAGCUAAACUUGGACACUAUGGUUCGUCGAUUUGGAGCAGUAUUCUAUGGGCCCGAGACCUUUUACAACAAGGUAUAAGAUGGUGUGUUGGUGAUGGUCGCCAAAUUCGAAUAAAUGAAGAUCCUUGGAUCCCAAGAAGUUAUCCAUUCACUAUUCGAUGUAAAGUGCUAAUCCCUCCUGAGACAACAAUAGAUACUCUUUUGCUCCCUAAUGGAAGUUGGAAAGAAAAUGAAAUUAAAAGGGGGUUCCACCAAGAUGAUAUUCCUUGGGUCCUUGGAAUAACACCACUUGUUAACAAUUCGGAUUGGAUUACUUGGAGUAUGACCCCUAAUGGAAUUUACUCGGUUGCUAGUGGUUACAAACUCCGAUUCAAAAAUCCUGAUCUACCCGAAUGCUCAAAUUUGUCCAAAGAUGAAGAUAUUUGCCAUGCAUUAUGGCUUUGCCCGAAGGUUAAAAACAUAUGGAAGCAACUUGGUUUCACAAAGAUCAUACCCCAACAUAACUCUCAGGCGGCUGAUGUUCUUUGGUGGCUUCAUGAUCACCUUCCAAAAGAGGACUUUUUCAAAUUCAUAGGCCUCUCUUGGUUGGUGUGGCAAAGAAGGAACUCAUUUGUUUUCCAAAAUAAAUCCAUAGAUGACCAAGCUUGGAUUUAUUGGGCUCUAGACCUGCUUGCAAUUCACUUGGAGCCACACCAGAAACUGCUAACAGUUCCUACCAUUAAACCAGUCACGGCUUGGCAACCUCCUCCCAAUGGUGUCUACAUGAUUAAUACUGAUGCUUCCUUGAUUUAUGGUAGACCAGGUUGUGGUAUUAGUGCUGUCAUAAGGGAUUCUAAAGGAUCUUUGGUGGUAGCUGCUACAACUUUUCUCCCUGGUUGUCUUUCUGUCCUCUUAGCCGAAGCUGAAGCAAUCCUUCAAGGCAUUAAAUUGGCUAGGCGAUGGUCCAUUCCGAACGUCCAAGUGGGAUCUGAUAGUCAAACGAUUAUCAAAGCUCUCUCUACCGAAGCUACGAAUCCCACAGAUUGGGGGAAGUUGGUGCAUCAAAUCAAGCUUUUGAAGGGUUCCUUUCACUCUUUAAAUUUUUUAUUUUUUCCUAGAGGUUGUAAUAAAGUUGCUAAUAGUUUAGCUAGUUGGAGUCGUUUGACUCGUAAGUCCGAUUUGUGGACUGAAUUGUUACCAAAUUGUGUUGCUGCUAUGUUGUUAGCGGAUGUGCCUAGUGUCGCUCAGUAUUAA